AUUAUAUAUUGCAGCAUAUUGAGGGCUUGCUCGACCCUUGGCUGCAAUGGGGGCCGUUCUCGGGCGGGACACCCGCCCGCUUGAUGGGGCGCCCGCGGGAGACGAGGCGCCAGACGGGGGGGCCUGGCUGCAACGUGCGAUCGCUCUUUGCCCGUGCGCCAUUGCCCUUGCCCAGACGCCCAGGGACCCGAGGCCGCUGGCUGCUGGCAGCCGCCGCUGGCUGCUGGCCACCACCCGCUGCUGGCCGGCGCUGCCUGCCGCAGGGCGGCCGCCGCCGACUGCCACCGUCGACCCGCCGCGCGCCGCGUCGACAGAGGCCCCCGCCGUGCAGCCGCGAAGGGGCGCGCGCGUCGGCAAGGGCCGGCCUCCGCUUGCGCCGAAGCCCGCACCCAGGCUGGUCGCGCCAGUUCGGCGGGCAGGCACCGAGCCCGAGCCCGACAUGGAGGAGUUGUGCGUGUCCUCCGACAGCACUUCGCGCACCGACGAGAUCCAGGAGAGUCUCUCCGGGGCGAGCUCCGCCGAGGACGGGCGCAGCCCGGGCAGCAGCUCGACGGCGUCGGCCAAAGAAGCAGACGCCGAGCUUGCUUGGCGGCUGAUUUAGUUCGGGCGUCGAUUGCACAACCGCCCAUGGAAGUCGACUAGAGCUAUCCUUGACGCUUCGCGUACUCCCCCAUCAGCCCCCUC